AUGAACGAAAAGGAGCAAAAGAGACUCGCCAAAAUUGUAGAAUGCGUAAAGUACACACAAAAUGAAAAUAUCCUUCUGGAAAAUUUAAAUGCAAUUUAUCAGAAUGAAGGAAAAAGACAGGACAGUCACGUAGUGAUACAACUUAUUGACAUAUUUUUAGAGGAGAAUAAUUACACUUACAAUGAAAAUUUUCUGUUUAAUUGUAACCUUUUGAAAAGGAACAAGGAGUUGCAUUUAAACGCCGAAAGGAAAAAUAAAUCGAAAUUUAGCAAACAGUAUAAAAUAUGCGUGAAGAAUAAAAACAUCGAAAAGGUGAAUGAAGAAGAUGCUUACUAUUUUGCCUUGAGAAAAAAAAAUCUGUGUACCUUUAGUCGCGAAUUUGUAAAUGCCAAAAAAAUUAUUUUUCAGUUCAUCUGCAGCAGUGUGCUCAAGGGAUGUGUGCAUAUAAAUUACUUAGUUGAUAAAAUUUACGUAGAUUUUCAAAUUAAGAGCAGCAAAAAUGGGUUUACUCCACAGAGUGGGAAUUAUUCCAGACACCUAAUUUGCAAUGACGAUUUGGUGAACAUCCUGAUCGAAACGAUCUUCACCCUGUUUGUGAGAGGCCUACAUAAGCAACAUGGUGAUCCCGAUGAUAUGGAAGAAGAAAAAAAAAAAAAAAAAAAAAACUUUCUUCAUAGUGAUAUUCAAAAAAGCUACCUGAUGCAUUCCAAAGAGCAGAAAGUCCAGGAUGAAACUCACCACGUGGACGAUAAGAACAUCAACUUGGUGAACAUUUUAAAAAAACUAAUCACCAUUGAUAAAAGUUUUGUCAAAAAUGUGUUUUAUAUUUUUUUAAAGAAUGUAGAGAAGGCCAGGUUUAAAAAUGCCCACAAAAAUGAAGCCGAACUGUGCGCACACCUUGUGAAUAUGUUUAAAGAAAUUAUUGCCUACUGCGAUGAAUUUGAAAUAGGCACCGUGUAUCACAUACUGCUGAAUAAUAAGAUAGUGCAGAGAAACCGGGUCUUGCACACGUACAUCGUGCCGCUCUGCAUACUGAACCUGCGCAAUGUGUAUAACGCGCACAACCUGGAGCUAUGCAUGGGCAUCGUUUGUGGGAAGCUCCGCUUCGAGGGGCAGGAUAAUGCAGAAGCGAGCGGUGAAGAAUCAGACGAUGAAGAAACGGGCGGUGAAGCAUCAGACAAUGAAGAAUCAGACGGUGAAGAGGCGGAUGAUGCGGUACCCAACGAUGAAAGCUUCAGUGAUGAACUACCUGACGAAGCCCAGCCGAACACCCACCAAAUCGCCGGAAGCGCCGCCGAAGAAAGGACGAAACACAUGGUCCUGUUUCUCCUCAUAUUUGCCCUCAAAAUAUAUGACAUAAGUUACCUUAACGGGUGCGUGCAGGAGUCGUUGCAGAGGUUUCUGCGAUUGCUAAGACGAAAUGUGCAUUCCUUGAAGGGAAGAUUUUACCACAUGUUAAAAACGAUCCUAUUUUUUCUCAUUCUGGUGUUUCACAAUUUAAACAUUGAUAAGAAUGAAGGAGUUAUGUACAUUUUGGAAUGUUUAGAUAUCCUUCUUGAGGUUUAUUACCCAAAUGGGGUGUUCCGCAGGGGGAACGAAGCGCCACCCAACAUACUAGGUGAAGGCAAUACAAAAGAGGGGGCUAAUGAGGACCCCCCUGUGGCAUGUGAAGAGCACAGCUCAGUUGCCGAUGCAGAUGAUGGGGAAUCAUUCUACUGUCAAAGGGAGGGGAUAAAAAAAUCAAGGCGAAGUGAAAGAGAAGUCUAUACUAAUAUGACGGAAGUGGAGGGAAGUGUCCUCUGGGACAACAGUUCAAUCCCCUCCAAGUGGAAUCCUCACCAAAUAAACCUUUUCCAAUUUAACGUCUCGCCGUUGCUUCUAUGUUUAACAAUUCCUAUUCACCUUGAGUACAACCUUAACCAGAAGAACGAAGAAAAUUCAAACGGAGUGAAUCGAAGAAUUAUGGACACCUCGAGGAGGCUGAAAAGUAAAUGGGUUACAUUCUUCACAAAUUAUAAUAACUGUUUUUUGGGAUACUUAAGGAGGAGAGAUAUGGGGAUCUCCCGCGGUUUGCCUGAUGGUAUUCACGAAGGAAACCCCUCAACAAUGUUCCACAGAACUAAGUGGAGUGAGGGAAACCACCUCAGCAUAAUGGAAAACAUAAUGGAGGAGGUGAACUACCUAACGAGUGAAGAAAACAAUUUAACAAAAGAAGAGGUUUUGGAAGUCCUCUGUGUAAAUAAUAUUUUAUUUUAUCUGCACGAAAUAUUUGUUUACAUCGAUCUGAUUUAUCUGAUGCGCUUCUUCCAACUGUGCGAAAAGGAUCAGCACAAAUUUCGAUGCAUAGAUGUGGUAAGAAAAAACCGAGAAUUGCUUGUGCUCUCCAAAAUGAACACAAAAUUAUGUAUUAACACAUUUCAAAAUUUGAAAAGUGAAAAUAUAUCGAAAGUGAAUUUUGUUUACAUCAAUUUGUUGAUGUUGUCUCUAUUCGAGUGCAAUUUAUUUUACGUUUUUAAAUUUAUGUCAUAUUACUGUUUAAUAAAUUCGUCUGACUUGUUGAGGUUUAUUCCUUCUUUGCUUUUUGUAUAUAAGAUGUCUUUCUCCAGCUCCGCACUACAUGGGGGGAGCUUCAAAAUGAGGGGCCCUUCUCCCUCUGGUGAGUCUGCACACCAGGUAGAUGCGCGCCGGCAUGCUUUUGUGUUGAGAAGCCUAAUCCUGCACGUGUUGACCAAAAUCGGAUGCAGCGAUAGGAACAUUCCAGUUGUUUAUAACUCCAUUUGUAUUUUGCUGAACAAUGGGAGUGGCGAAGCGGGGGGGAAGGAAGACUUGUCAGUGUGCCCCGCUGAUAAGUUUGGUCCCACCACCGACGAUGGAAUAGAAUUGGAUACAAGCCAAGCAGGGGAAAGGAGAGGAUACUACUACCAUAAAACGGAGGGUAACAUUUCCGACCAAAUUCUGUUCAACAAGUUGUACCUCCUACACUGCUACGACAAGUUAGUGGACGUCAACGAAAAUAUAAUCAGCAAAUAUUUCAAGUAUGUGGACGGUACCUUCGAGUUGGCAAGACAAACUGCGAAGGAUCACGUCGGUGUGGAGAGAAAACACAUAAUCCGGAAGAGCAGAAAAGGGGAGAAUCCACCUCUAAAUGAACCACAUCACGACGGUAGUACUAACAACGGGAACACCAUUGACUACAUGACGAAGGAAAAUGUAGGCGUACUUUUUGACUUAAAAAAUGUGCUCAUAGUGUUGAAGCUGUGCAGAUUUUACAACGUUAGCAAUUAUAUUAACAGUAUCAUAAAGAUGAUAAACUCCUUUUUUAAAAAAUACAAAAGUGGGACUUCGCACGAGGGUUAUGUUGGCAAGCUCCAAAAUGGCAUUAUCAAAAUGAGCAUACUAAUUUUGGUGAUCCUCUCGAUGAAGAAGUACAUAGAGUUUGAAAUUAUUUAUAAUUUGCUGAAGAAGAACUUUUUAAAGAGCGCGGUGGGUAGUGAAGGGAACGGCGGGGCAGACAUCAUCUGCUCCGUCAUUUCGUUUACGAGGUACUACAUCAAGCACAUGAUUUAUGAUAAGGAGAAGCUGUGCGCCGAGCAGUAUGAUAUUCUGUAUCAUACAAAGUUGAAAUACAUUUUUAAAGACUUCUACAGAUUGCUGAGCUUGAACAAUGAGAGCAUCCUGGCCGAGAUUGUUAACGUCAUGUCGGUGGUUUACCCAGUGUAUUACCAACAUUUUGAUGUGAAUGAACAGGGGGGUAGCGUCAGUGGCGUUCUCUUCGAACCACAGGAUGGCGGACCAGAUGAUGAGGCCCCGUAUACAACCCAUACAAUUAGCAACAACAGCAGCGCAAUGUUUAGUAGCAACCCUGGGGUGUGGGAACUAAAUGUGCAAGAGAAAAAAAAUCUGCUGAGUCUCUUCUUCGAUAAGAAUUUCGUACACGAAUCAUUUCUGAAAAGCGGGUCGCAUCAAAACAUUUAUGAGAACAUACAGAAGGCUAUUUUGACGGACGAAAUGAACAACCUGUCCUUGUACAAUCUGAGGAAUGAGAAUAACAGCAAUAGCAACCACCUGGUAAGGGUCCUCUACAAACUUUUCAACUCGAACAUUAAGAAUGAUAAGAUUUCUAAUUUUAAUUAUUAUGUCAAGUUACUACUUACCGAUAAGUUUCAACACGUCGGAGAAAUCAUUUCCAUUUUGAAGAACUUGCCCUUUUUUCACGUCCACUACGUUUUUUUCUUUUUUUACGUGGUGAAUUGCUUCUUCGAGAAGAUACGCAGGAAGUUUGACGCUGGGGAGGAGUUCAUUUUGCACGUACAGGGAAAAACAGAAGAAGAGGUGAUCCCCAAAACGGAGAGGUCUAUUGAAAAAUCGAAGGAGGGUGCAACCCCUCCGGAAGCAGCCAAGAAAAGAGUCACAUACGAACUUAUCUGCAACAGGAUGUACGAAGAAAUAAAGCGAAUCAUAAGUGAGGAUAACCUGAACGUGUAUGUGUUUUACCCCGUAUUGAGUAUCCUCUGCAAGCACAACAACGACAUUAAUGAGAUUUUAAAUUUAUUUUAUGAGCGAAUUGACUCGUAUAUUAAGGACAGCGAAAGCAAGUUUCAGGGCAACAAGAAUGAAAUUGUUUUGAUUUUUCUUUGCCUAAAUUAUAUUCACACGAACGUUUCUCAGAUUCCAAACUUUUAUGUGUUUCUUACCAACCUGCUGGAUGAAGUGGCUAACCGCAAAGUGAGGAAUAUUCUCUUGCUGUGCCUGAGUUCGUGCUGCUACUACACCAAUUUGAGCGGCGUGGAGAUUGCGACGAUUCUGGCUUUGCAUAUGAGUGACUUGGGUAGUGACGACGGGAUCAACUUGGCAUACCACGUGAUGGGAGACAAAAAUGGUCACAGUAACAUUGUCAGGGAUAGUACGCAACGGGACGAUGGGGGAAUGGAACCGCGCGACGAUGAUGAGAACCUGCACUUUUUCCUCUCCCUCGGGAACCUUUGCUUCUACUUGUACAAGCACUACAACAGCCACACGUUCGACGAGACGAUCAAAGGAUUGUACGACGCCCUGGUAAAGUCGCUACAGAGAAGAGUCGACAACGCAAUUGUCCCGCUCGCGAACGUUAUGAUGUACCUUUACAUAAAAAAAGUGAUCGACGUGUACGAAAUGAUGAGCACCUUCAAAAUGGUUGUCAUCAAUCUGGGCAGCGGACUCGUGUACGAUUCGAAGUACGUCGUCUAUGGUGUUUGCUCCCUAUACCGCGUCUUGACUUUUUAUUACAAGAAGAAUUUUGACUGCUUUGUGUGCGAAGACAGCCCCAUGGGGGGGGACAGAAGUAACGAAUUAGACGUCAAGGAAGCUGGGGGUGGGAAAAACCAAAGUACGGGUCUCAAAGAAACGAUGCAAUUCCUAUCACAUAGGAUGCACGAAAUCAUUGUACACUACUUUGAAGAACUGGACGAUAAAAGCGUCAGUCUCAUUUCAUAUUGCAAUUUGAUUGGGAUAAGAGGCCUCGGCCUGGAGUGCAUUUCGGCCGACUACUUCGAUUCGAAUGAGUGUUCCAAUAUGACAAUUUUGUUUAUGAACAGAUUUAUAAAGAAAGAUUUCGAAAUUAAAAAAUGCGUAAGUGCAACGAAUAACAUCUUGGCAUGCACGGAAUCGGAGGACGAAGGUGAAACGUUCCAUGGUGGGAGUAGUUCCAUGUGGAAGAGGAAAAUUGUGAGAACUGGUGGUUUGGGACAAGAAACCAUCAGUUGUGCAAAAGAGAACGCUAGUUUGUUCCUUUAUCAAAAUGAUAAUUACAAACUGAAUAGUGAUAUUAUAGUGAAUGACCACGGCACGAUUUUGACACUGAUUUAUCUGUUCUGUUAUAAGUAUUAUGAAGAGAUAAAUACAUCCCUGAUUAGGGUAGAAAAUCUGGAGAAAAAAAAUAUGCUCUACCACGUCUAUUUGAAUUUGCUGAGGGUUGAAAAUUACCUAAAGGGGUUUUUAAAAAUGGGGAACUUCCUCGACAUUGACGCAAACUCUUUUAAGAAAGAUAAAGAGUAUGAACAAGUUAAGUUGAAUAUGCUGUUCCAUAUGGAGGGGGAAGAUAUGAAGUCCCUACCCCUGUUAAGAACCGAACUGUUUGACCAUUUGGGAAGCUUUCUAAAAACAAUGAAGCUCAUAAAUUACGUAAAGUUGGAUGUCCAGAUAAAGGACGCCCUCCUGAAUAUUUACUCCUAUGUAACAAAACUGAUAAAAAUUCUUUACAUCCUCUUCCAAGUGAUGAUUGAAAAGAUCAAGCAAAAGAUAAGUGAGAACAUGAAAAGGUAUUACAGACUUUAUGAAGAGUUUAUAAGAAGGGUGCACAUCUUGUACGAAUGUCGAAUCAGCGUUUUUGAAUACUUCUCCCUUUUUAGCUCCUUCAACAAUUCAUAUGGCCACAUCUUUUGCAACUUCAGCAACUACUUCGAGGGGUUUAGCACUUAUGAAAAGUACAUUUUUGUUAAGUGUAUUACCAAUUUUAAGCGAAUCAAAAAAGAAGAAAUCAAGUUCGUCUAUUUGAAUGUUUUAAAAGGUGCAAAGUUGUUUCAUGAGGAUUCGUCUUUGUGGAUUUACGCCAUUUCAAUACUUAAUAUUUUGCUGAAGAGGAUUUACAAAAGUACAAGGAGAAGUGGGGAAGUCGAAAUAGACUCGGCGAAGAGUUCCCAUGACUUGGGCUCCUACAUCAAAUUCGCAUUCGUCACCGUUUUUAACGAGACGGUGCUGGCUCACUUCAGGGAUAACUACUAUAGUCACUUCUCUGUGUAUCUGCGCACGGAUGAAUGCUACCGCACGGGGGGAAUUCCCAAAGGGGGGGGUGCAGAAAAUGUCGAUAAUUCGCCAAAUUGUGAGAAAUGGAAAGACCGACUUCGUCGCGAAGAUCCAAUGGUGAGAAGAACACGGGGGGGAAGACAAACUAGUGCCAACUCUCCCAAGAACCUCCCUUACGUGGACAUCCCCUUCAACGUCAUGCUAUGCAUAGCCGAUUUCCUUGCCCACCUCUGCAAAAUAAUUAUGAAAGAAAAGCUAGACGAUGAAAUAAACGUGGACGAUCUUUUGAAAAUUUUCCCCGUCCUCAUUCAAGGGUACGUCAUGCUAAAAUUGAGGGCAUCCUUUAAAAGGUUAAAUUUGAUUAAAAAUAAACUCCUGUUUUAUGAGCCGAAGGGUCACUUCACAUUUAAGGAGAGCUUACAGGACUUCUACUGUGCCCAGGAGAAACUCCGAAAUGGGGAAAGAACGAUCUCGUUAACAUUAGAUGAUGAGAAACUCUUCCAUUUUUUUCACCACCUUUUUUGGGUAAAAGAGUGCAUCUUUUUAGCGUACAUAUAUAGUCACUUCGGAGAGAAGCAGAAGAUCCUAGACGGCUUACUGCAAAUGUGCAGUGUGUCUCAGGUUAACAAGGACUACCUCUACGUUGUGGUCAUUGCCUUUGUGCUGUUUUGCAUGAAGUGUAAAAACAGUUCCUUCCUCUUGAAUAAUUUUAUGUACAAUUUUGGCCCUCUCACCGAGUUCAGCGGCUUAUUCGGGGAGUUUUUAGCUGAGGGGGAGGGUGUGUCCUUUCCAUUUUUCGGUGGCGAGACGAAACGGGAGGAACUACCCAAUGAGCAUAGUGGUUUGGAUUAUAGCGGGUUGGAUUAUAGUAGAUUGUAUUCAUAUGGUGACGUCUCUGGGAAUAGUCACAACAGUAACCACACCCCUGGUAGCAGCAGCAUCAACGGGGGAAGUACCCCCCCGAAGGAUGUCGAACUUGCAAAAAUACUUUUCAUCAUCGAGGAAGAAUUCGUAAGGACGAAAAUGAGAAAUUCGUUUCGAAAUAGCGCACACACACAUCGGACGGAUGACAACAACCUACUACAUGAAUUAUUUUUAAAAAAAGAUAUGUUCUUUUUAAAAAAAUUGGGAAUAUUUUACAUGAUAAAAAGUAAUGAUCAAAGAACCAAGUUGCGGGGAAGCUACAACAAAUUGAUUUCCUUUUUUUGCAGAAAAGAAAAGCAAAAUUUGUUUAUUAAGCCGGGAAAUAUACGCAGGAGUCGAAAUGACGCGGAUGAUAUUGCCACGGGGGGAUAUACCCAAGACUUUGUCGAUAACUCCUAUAUGAACGUGACCUUUUUUAACUCCAAUGCGGAAGAUAAUGCCUUCAUUUCGGGGGAGCGUGACAUUUUCACCAAAUAUUUGAGCGUCCCUCUAUGUAUGAAAGAUGUUUUUACCUUUUUCGAAUUGAAUUUGAAUAAAAACAUCUUGACCACUAGUUAUAACGAACUGUUGGGUGAGCGGGCUACCCGGGAUGGGAAGAAGAGGGGAGGCACGAAGGAGUCGGAGAAUCAUGAGGCGAACGUGCAUGACUCCAACGGUGGCAAAAAUCGGCACGUUGAUGAUACGCCCCCUUUUUCAGACCUAUCAGAUGAUGACGAGAACGAUAGCCAUAAGCAUAACCAUGACCCUAACCAGACCAAUAACCACAGCAAUAAUGGGAAGAGCAACGAUAUGGAAAAAACUUCAUUUAUGGAGAAGCAACGGAAAAAAAAGAAAAUUUUACUGUACGAUAGCACGUUGCUGAACUAUUUCAGUAGCAAAUAUUAUUCCGUUAAUAAUUACGAACUGUACAUAGUCCAUAUGGGGUUUAUCAGCGAGGAUGUUCGGGAGGCGUUGUUUCAGGGAAGCACCGCCACCUCCAGCGGAGGUGACAAUCACGUUCGCAGAAAGAAACUGACAGAUGAGCUAGCCGGGCAGUUCAACCUCCUGCAGACCUUUUUUAAAAACUUAAGUUUCUUUUUCAUGACCUUCCCCAAGGGGAUCGUUUUAAACAGUGCGGAGUACUUCUUCCCAGACAACAGAAUCCAUUUCGUACAGAAGGUGAUAAGUUUCUUGUGGCAGGAGUACGUCAGCAAGUACGGGUGA